AAGACCCGCCAGGUUGUCGAACGAAACCAUCUUCCUACACUACAGUCAACAUGUCGAGCACCAAGCCAACCACAAAAGCAGCUACAAAAGCAACCACAAAGUCAAAAGACAAGUCUGAUAAAUCGGACAAGGCGAAAACUCAUAAACUCUCGCUGAAAGGUUCUUCGAAACUCGUUGCGGAAUUUUUCCAAUACUCAAUAAAUACCAUUCUCUUUCAACGAGGUGUAUACCCCGCAGAAGACUUCUCAGCAGUCAAGAAAUAUGGCCUCACAAUGCUUGUUUCCUCGGAUGACCAAGUCAAAGCCUACAUCAAGAAAAUCAUGUCCCAACUCGACAAAUGGAUGGUAAACGGAAAGAUUACCAAACUAAUCGUCGUAAUUACUUCCAAAGAAACUGGCGAAGAUGUCGAACGCUGGCAAUUUGAUGUCGAAAUCUUCAACAAACCUUCCAAGAAAUCAUCCAAAUCCAAAUCUUCCACUACACCAUCCACAUCCGAAAAUGCACCCACAGAGGGAGAGACACCUGCACCCGCACCCGCACCGGCACCCGAGAAAACCGAAGCAGAAAUCCAAUUGGAGAUUCAGUCGAUAUUCAGACAGAUUACAGCUAGUGUUACAUUUUUACCAGAAUUGGAUGGCGCAUGCACAUUUAAUGUUCUGGUAUACGCAGACGCGGACAGUGAGGUUCCAAUGGAAUGGGGAGAUAGUGAUGCGAGAGAGAUUGUGAAUGGAGAAAAGGUACAAUUGAGGAGUUUCAGUACGGCUAAUCAUAAGGUUGGAACGAUGGUUAGCUACCGAGUGAUGGAAUAAUGAACCUGGAAGGAAUUGGGAAGGAGUUAUGCGCGCUAUAUGAAUGGAUUGGCUUUGGAUUUUUGUUGUGGGUACUCGCGUGGGAACGAUAGGGAUCUGUAAAGUUAUGGAUGAGCUGGAGACGAUAUGUAGGAUAGCUAGGACUAUCACUCUCCUUUAUUUUCGCCAACGGAGAAGGAAUAUUAUGGUUUGCAAUACGGGGUUAGGCCAUGGAUAUUAUGAACCAAUAGAACAAACGCACUUCUUAUUU